AAUCUGUCUUCAGGCCUUCCAUGUCGAACUCUGCAUCUGCUCCCCGCUUCUGCUGCCAAUCUGCCGUGCUUUCGCCUGACCAUAAAGCGCAAUCUGCGAAGUGAUCCGUGAGGUCCCCUCAUGCAUCGAUCCUUAUCCUGGAGUAGAAUAGCGGGUACUGCUAACACGCGUAUGGUCGAGCCGUUCUUUCAGGUACCUGGAAUCGUCCAUCCGAAAUGCGUGCUCGCCGCGCGAAGCGGCAUGCAUUCGGAGGAAUGAAUGGAGCGAAUGUAUGGCGAGCGGGAAAGCGAGUCACCGCCUUCCGUAGCAGCGUGAGCAACGGCGCGGAAAGCGGCGCCUGCAAUACCAGCAAUGCUGCUUCUGAACCCCUGUCGCAGCUUCCCGAUUGGUCAGAAAAUCCCUACACCCGUCUUCAGCUGCGUCCAGAGCCACAAUUGCCGCCACGUGUCGAGCACCUGCUGGUCGAACGAGAAGGGAGUGUCGUGGACGUCGUGGCUGAUUCGCUGAACCUUCCGCUGGAAUACGUCACAGAUUUGAUUCGAUUCGGAGGCAUCUACCACUCCCAGAUACCACCUCCCCCGCCUCCGAACCUCCCUCCGGAGGCACUUAAAGCCUACCUCGAGUUUAUCUCUCAGCACACCACUAUCCCCACCUCCUCCUCCUCCUCCUCCUCCUCCUCCUCCUCCUCCUCCUCCUCCUCCUCCUCCUCCUCCUCCUCCUCCUCCUCCUCCUCCUCCUCCUCCUCCUCCUCCUCCUCCUCCUCCUCCUCCUCCUCCUCCUCCUCCUCUUCCUCCUCGCCCUCCUCAAAGGCACCUUUGGCGGAGCUUCAGAAAGUGAGGAGGGUGAAAUUUGAGGGAAUGCGGGGGAGAGGCACGGGGGAGAAGGAGAGGAGGCAAAGGCAGAAGUCCCGCGACAAGGUGGGGAAGAAAGGAAGAGUUGGUUCGAGAUAUGUGAGGGGAGGGGAUGGUAGCGCAAGGGGUGGUAAGGAUGGUCGAGGCGGGGGUGGUCAGCAGCAGCAGCAGCAGCAGCAUCAGUAGGUGGCAACGAACGGAGGGGUGGUGAAUGCCGGGAGCUACCUUCGCGUUCAUGUGCAUCCGAAGCGAUUCCCCAUGUGCUACAGCUUUGACUGGCAAGACGCUAUAAUUGUUAACAAGGAUGAUUAUGUGGUGUUAGAUAAACCAUACAACGUCCCUGUAAGUGUCUCCCUUUGCCCUCUCGUAUCUCUCACGGGCCCUAAGUGUUUUCAUCCCUUCUGUGCCCCCUCUGACCAAUCAAACGGAUCCACAUCCUCUGACCAAUCAAACGGAUCCACAUCCUCUGACCAAUCAAACGGAGAGGGCUCAGCACAGCAUGUGCAUGUGGUACAGGGCUCAUAGGGUGGUGAGCGUAUGUGCACAGCUCACCAUGUGCAUGUGGUGCAGGGCUCAUAGGGUGGUGAGCGUAUGGGCACAGCACACCAUGUGCAUGUGGUACAGGGCUCAUAGGGUGGUGAGCGUAUGGGCACAGCACACCAUGUGCAUGUGGUACAGGGCUCAUAGGGUGGUGAGCGUAUGGGCACAGCAUGCCAUGUGCAGAUGCGUGGGUCCACGGUGAACGAGAGCAGGCAGUGGGGCUGAGCAAGCAGCUGCAGCUGAGGCAUCAACUGAGAAUGCUGUUGAGGCGCCUCAAAAGCAGCUGCAGCGGGACAUGUGCACGCAGCAGUGGUGAGUGAGUGUGGCUCAAUUCAGGGUUUUUGGCUUAAGGUCGUGAGUCGUAACCACAGGCACAUUUGGCGUGUCCACUCUCAAACGCCAUCUUGCCACUCACCGUUCUCAUGAUUCCCUCUCUCAUCAUUCCCUCUCUCAUCAUUCUCUCUCUCAUCAUUCCCUCCCCCAUCAUCCUUCUCUUUCCCUUCCCCCCCCCUAUCGCCGCCCCAAGUGUGGUGAUGGCGAAGAAUCGCCAGUUCGCCAGCAAGUUCAACCAGCUGCUGCAGCUGCACGAACAACCAGCAGAGCCACUGUAAACGACCCUGCGGUUACCAGACAGAGCAGCACAGGCAAGGCAUUCUCAACGCAGGCGUCAGCCAAUCACAGCCCUCAGCCUCGCCUGCUGUCCCGUCCCUCUUCUUCUGGCUGGGGUGUUUCCGAACCAACAAGAGCCAUGCGUACCGAGGCUCGAGGACAGGUUCAGGAGCAGGCUAGGGGGUCAUCAACAGCGGCGAUUUUGAACAUUGUUGACCAGAGGGCGGGAGGUGGGGGUGGGGAGGGUACAGGGGGGAGUAGUAUGGAGGGAUACAGAGAGAGAGGAGGAGGUGGAAAGAGGCGGAUGAACAGUGACAGUGACAGAGACUGGGAAUGGGAGAGCGAAGGAGGAGGUGGAGACAGGGAUGGCGUCGGGGACAAAGGCCGGGGUAGGGACAGACAGAGAGACAGAGACAGAGACAGAGACAGAGACAGAGACAGAGACAGAGACAGAGACAGAGACAGAGACAGAGACAGAGACCGAGACAAAGACAGAGACCGAGAGAGAGACCGAGAGAGAGACCGAGAGAGAGAUGGAGUCUACAGUAGGAGUGGGGAUGAAGGUUAUGGCAGGGACAGGGAUAGAGGCAGCUGCAAGGGCGGGGGGCACGUUGAUGCAGCUGGUAGUGGGAGCAGCUAUGGACAAUUCGGCAGCAAGGGGCGUGCAGCAAAGGAGAAAGGAGGUGGCUCCAAGGAGAAGCGCAAGGAGGUUUAAAGCAUGGACUGGGGCAUGUAGUUGUUGGACCCAACUCUACCUCUCAUUACCGUACACCAUUUCUACCGACUUGUACCGUACGCUGCGCCCGCAUGCAUAGGCUUCACCAUCGCCUAUCAUCUUCCUUCUUGUUGCUAGAAGUGUUACUCUUAGUGCCUUGUUUUGUUCUCAGGACCCUGGCCUCAUCGGCCCAUUCAUUUGUUCGUUUCU